AUGUGGACAUCUCAUCACUAUCUUAUCUUUCUGAUUUGCCGCGAGGAUGCGGAUCCGAUGAGUCUUGAUCCUAUAAAUCUCAUUAUCGGAGCAGAUCUCUAUAACGAUAUCAUUCUCGACGGUGUUCGCAAGGGAAGCGUCGGACAACCAAUUGCUCAGAAUUACGUCCUCGGAUGGAUAAUUUCGGGACCUAUUACGUCAUCAACGACGAAUAAUUCCUCGUCGCCGACAAUUCUCUCCGGAAACUGCGCUCUCAGUCGCGUUUCGACUCAUCAUAUUGUCGGCUCUCCUUCUCUCGAAGAGGAACUUCGUCGCUUCUGGGAGGUCGAAGAACUCCCACGACAAACUCAUCUCACACCGCAAGAACAGCAGUGUGAAGAGCAUUUUCGCUUAACGCAUUCUCGCGAGUCUGACGGACGGUAUGUCGUGCGGCUACCGUUCAAGAAGGGUCCUCCGAUUGAAAUCGGAAGUUCAAGGCCUCACGCGGAAAAAUUGUUCAAUUUGUCACUUCGCAGAUUUUGCGAUAAACCGGAAGUCGCAAAAGAAUAUGGCGAAUUCAUGUCUGAUUAUCAACGACUUGUACAUAUGAAGCCCGCGCCGGCAGCUCGAAGUCAAAUCGAACAAUCUGUUUAUCUCCCACAUCACGGAGUUAUCCGGGAAAGUAGCUCUACUACGCGUCUUCGCGUUGUUUUUAACGCAUCGAGCGUUACUUCUAACGGCACAUCGUUAAAUGAUCAUUUAAACGCCGGGCCGAAAUUACAAACCGAUCUCAUGUCGGUCAUCCUACAAUGGCGUAGAUACAAAUACGUCUAUUCAUCCGAUAUCGCGAAAAUGUAUCGCCAGAUUCACAUCGAUGCGCGGGAUAUAGAUUAUCAACGGAUCUUGUGGAAGUCAUCGCUGUCGGAACCGCUCAUCGAUUAUCAAUUACUAACAGUUACGUAUGGAAUGUCAUGUGCUCCGUUUCUGGCCCUUCGGGUAUUAAAACAACUAGUCAUCGACGAAAGUCAGCAUUUUCCGCUUGCUGUUCCCAUCCUAAGCGAUAAUAUUUACGUCGACGACUUACUUUUCGGAGCUGACGAUACCAUUCGAAUUCGGCAAGCGCGCGAUCAAUUAAACUCUAUGUUAAAGCGCGGCGGAUUCGUAUUACGGAAAUGGGCGAGCAACUCGCCCUCUCUUCUCGAGGACAUCGAAAUCGCAGAUCACGGUCUAGCCACGAACAAACCUCUGUCUGAAGACGAACAAAUCGCAUCUCAGUAA